CGUACUAACGCAAACGUUGAAUGAGGAAAUCCUUUUGAAAUGCCCUUCCGUCUACGGCGACGGCCGCCCGCGCGUCUUUCUCCCGUCUCGUAGUCACUCGCUCUCUCUACACCGAUUCAACGAUCCAACAACAGGCGCGAUCCGCGCUGUCGUGGGAAUCUCUUUCCUGGACUAUUCUCAUGGCGUGACGCGCGAGUCACUUGAUACCGCACGGCACAAAGGUUCGUCUUUAUUUCUGUUUACACCUACCUACACCACCUACACGUCGCUCGUCAAGCUACAUCAAUCGGAAUGGAAACCUUCGAAGCCAGCUAAGCCUAACGAGCACGCCGGCCGGCGAUGGCAAUUCUCGCAGGUGUUGCAACAACGCUCUUUGCAACGGCGUUGCUCUGCCUGUGUCCGCUUUUCGCAGAUGGCGCCAGCUGCACAGAGCUGCCGAAAGCGAAGAGGAUACAACAUGCCGCGCGCGCGGUACAGCGCGCGCCUUUUGGAACGUUCAACACAACGGGAAACUGGUCGUACCUCGUACCACGCAAACCGGACGACGUGCAAGUAACUUUCGUUAUCUAUCGCAACGGCUUCGCUCCUAUCGAAUAUCGUAUUGGUGGAAACACAAGAUAUCUCACUGGGAUACUGAACAGUAGUAUCACGAUCAUCUGUCAUGAUUUGCCGAAAAACUACAGAAAAGAAGCCGUUGUACUGAUCAAUGAACUUCUCAGCCACAAGAAGAGUGAUACCCUUAUAUAUGUCCGCUGGAACGUCGGAGAUUGCGAGGCGAAGACGACACCUGGCGAUUUUUAUUACUGUCCCGCCGGUGCGUCGAGUUCCAACGCCGACUUCUACCAGCAAGCAGCUGGAGACAGUCGGCUGGUCGCUCGACAGGCUGCACGCUUUCUCAGCAGCUUGGUCUACAUGCAUGACUGGACCUACAAGUUGGACAGCGUGCACUUUAUCGGAUUCGGAAUUGGUGCGCAUAUCGGCGCGUUUCUCGCUGAAGAACUGUCGUCGAUAGAACUGUACCUCGGCCGACUGACUGCCCUUGACCCAGCGCGUUUUCUGUUCGAGGAUACUGGAUUGAAUCACCUUUCACGAGACAGUGCUUCGUUCGUCGAUGUUGUGCACACGAGCGACUGUCACGGCCUGGUGAAACCAGUGGGUCACGUCGACUUUUACGUAAACGGGGGUGGAAUGCAGCCCGGCUGCACGGACGCGAUGUGUUCUCACGUCCGGGCACUGUCUUACUACACCAGUUCGAUUGCGAAAUGUGAUAUGGUGGCGUACGCUGCUCCCGAUUAUGAUUUAAAUACGAGUAGCUCCAUCUUUGGAUACAGAAGCUUUCUCAAUGACGUCACAGGACUGUAUUAUCUGAAAACGAAACCGAACUUCCCUUACUGUUCCACUGACGAUAGCACGCCUACACCUACAUCAAUCACCUCGCGCUCAGUUUGUUCUGGAAGGUUUGCUAUAGUUCUUAUGGCUUCACAUUUUUUACUGCAAAGUUGGUUGUGAGUUAUUGCUGAAGGUUUUAUAGUUCCUAGCCCCGUGUGAGCAAUGAUACCAAAGCUCUUUUAGACUAUAUAUGUAUAAGUUAUUUGAGUUGACCAAAGUGAAGUUAACAGCUGUUAGUGCGCAUUUAACUUUUGCAUGUUCAGGUAAUGUUAUUUUUAUUUAAUAAUCUAUUGUACAGGGUCGAAGAGAAGAGGGAGAGAGGAACAUGAGCUUUGAAAAAUAGGCUAGGCAACGUUUAGUUGUCGUUGUUGUUGUUUUUUUUUGCAGCUUUACUUGUUCGCCAAUGUCUGUUUUGCCAGUUUCUGUAAGAAACUUUGGUGCCCUCACUGGCGUUCCCAGUGACCUCACGAGGACUGCGGCAAUGAUUGAGGACAACUACUUCGCACUGCGCAUGAAAUGACAUUCCGUUGAAGUCUCACAGUGUUACAUGCGGUAGUUUCUUCGCUGCAUGUAAUUUUUUUUUAAACCUUUAUACCACAUAGUUAUAGUACGUGUGUUUUCGCACAAAUAAAACACGGUUUUGCACUAAAA